AUGUCAGAAUUAACGCAACGGUCCUCAUCGACCGAUCGACCAGAGCCGAGGUCUCCCGCCGCCACCGCCCUGAAUGUCACGUCGCCGUCUUCCUCCUCCUCCUCGUCCCCACCCAAGAUGGCGUCCUCGCGGGCCCUGGUCCCCCUCCACACACGCCCGUUUGCGGCGUCACUUGCGCGUGUGCGUGCGUGUGCCUUCGACGCUCACACCGUUGCACUUGUGCACUCCGUGGAUUUCGCCAGGUCACCCUUUGCAUCGCCAACUGCUUAUCUGUCAGUUCGACAAGUCAACAUGUCUGAUCCCCGUCCCCUUCCCUCGGGUCGGAUAAGCAGACUGGCCUCGAAAGUCGACACGUUAUCACUAGUGGAGUCACACAACGCGCGUCUCCCACGUCCCCCUCCUCCUCCUCCUCCCUCGACGUCCCCCUUUCCACAAAUCAGCCUGGACGAUGCGAACCUCCCCAAGUCUUUCAAUUGUCUCUGUCCCCUAUCCACCCCGCAGGGUGCGGACACCGAUGCACCUUGGUAUCGAUUUUGUCGGCCCGCGGCACCAGUCCCCUUGGCGUGUGACGGCUUCGAGGCGGCCUCGCCCUUGACCGCCGUGCUGCCCACCGAUGUCACCCCGGGGGCGCAACUCGACCAGGAGAACCUCUCGCCCUCUCAUGCCCCCUCCUCCCUCGGCUCUCCGCCCUCUCCCACCUACGGACAGCCUCUGACGACGGUCUCGAACAUCCUUCAAAGUCCAAUCAUGUUUGGUGGUAGGCCCCCGGGCUGCGAGGUCAACUGGAACCAGGAGUCAGCAGCGGCGUUAGUUGGCCGGCCGCGUGUCAAUGGGUCAUGUGAUGCCCGUUUAAGCCGGGUAUGUGGUGACACGCGUGCACUGCGUGCGCACGCCCCGUCUCCGCUUCGCCGUCACCGGCUCUGCCACUACGUUCAGGGUUUUUUGCGCAUUGCCGCUGCGUUACCAACGCCGCUGGGCGGCUUCAAAGCAGACGCGUACACUCGCAUCUCCCAAAUGGAAGCCAGACGUGGUAUUCUCUCAGGCCCUGGAGGUCGCCCAUGCCUCGUUGUGUUGUUGCACGCCGCCAGAUGGCAUUUGGCAACGCGUCGCGUGAGAAGUCGUCGAAUGACGUGUCUCGGUGGUGUUAGUGCACGCACGCACGCGUCUCCGGGUUGUCCAGGCGUUGCGUGCACACUCGCCUGCCUGUGCAGGGCCCUGGCUCCUGUGUGCGUGCAUGCGUGCGUGCAUGCGUGCGUGCACGUCCACAUCACGUGGGCUCGCCUCCGGCCUCGGGUCGCAUUUUCAGGUGUUCUGCUGGCCAAGUUAAUCAAUCAGUCGAGGUCCCUGGACAGCCACAUGCGGGCCUGGGCUGAGGGGUGUUUCAAGCUAAAUUCUGCGCCCCCAUCAGGGUACGAAGAGGGGGCCGUUGCCAUCGUCGCGUCUAAGCACGCGCACGUGAGUCACAUCCGGUCAGGCGACAGCGGUUGCACUUGGCACAGCUCCAAGUUCCUUGUGGGUUGUCAGCCCAUGCUUUGUGGUUCCGACGCUUGUGCGGUUGACCACUUGGUUCAAAAAGAAAGUUGUUUCAACUCCUUCGUGCCCUACUCCGCCCUUCUGCGUCCGUAUCCACAAUGUGCUGUUUUGACGUUGACAGAGCGCCUUCCCAAGUGGUCGGUUCUCCGCAGGCCGGAGAGCAACCCAAUGCCUACUCGCCCUUCAUCUGUCGACUCGCUUAAUCACCCAAGUGCAUCCCAAUUGGAGGGCGACCAGAAUAUCAACUCAUCACGUGAUUCUCCGCACACUCCUCUUGUGUCUGCAUUCGAUCGCCGGCGAUCGUGCUUUACGAGUCUCGCCGCUCCGGGCUUAACGCGACCAACUGUUCUCAAACGGGGACCCGCAAUGUCUGUUGAUGUGGUGGCUACUCGGGCCAGCGACUUUCACGCAACCAAAAGAUCCGCCACGAGCAACAGGAGCAUUUCAGAGGGAUGUUCAGUAAAAAAAAUUCGAAUGUAUUCCCUCGUUCCCAGCGAAAACAGCGCAUUUCUUCCCGUUGGGCAUCGAGGGAGCCUCCCGAAGUCGUCGGAAGUCUCUCCGACCGACCCAGGCACCCCAACCCUUCCCCCUAGUUUCGUCUAG